CACUUCCGAUAGCGGGUUGCCGGUGUUUGGUCGGUUCCGGUUGUUGCAGCGUGUUCGCGUGCUGGCGUACUCUUCUGGGCUGCUUUUGGUGACACUACAGUGUAGGUGGCACGUUUCUUUCCUGUGUGUGUUGCUUGUGGGUAGGCCAAAUGGAAGGUGUGAACGCUGAUUCUAUCAACACUGAUUUGGAGGCCAUGCUGCGUGAGAACUCCGAUCUGUCACCUGCAGUGGCUUCGUUGCAGCUGCUGCUCGAGUUCAUCGAGAAGGACGACUACACGACCAUCCAAGGCAUGGAAGAAAACCUCCAGCAUGUUAUCAGUGACAUUUGUACUGCGAAGUGUUCGAUCACGUGCGUCAGGUCUGCGUGCGAAUUAUUUGUGCGUUUUGCUACGCUCACCGCGCUCGAUGGCUCCAUUGACGAAUGCAAGAAAAAUAUGUCUACUCGAGGCCGAACUUUCUUGGAGAAGAUGCGCGCGGCACGCUCCAAAAUUGCGGCGCUUGCGGCCCCCUUUGUCCAGGACCGCUCGACGAUCCUGACGCAUUCCUUCUCACGUGUCGUGCGUGACACGCUGUUCGCUGCGGCAGGGGACCACAAGCACUUCACUGUGUACGUGACCGAAUCGGCGCCCGACUACAGUGGCCGGCAGUUAUACGAUGCACUUGAGGAGAGAGGCAUCAGUGUUACGCUGAUAGUCGAUUCUGCGAUCGGCUACAUUCUGGAAAAGGUGGACAUGGUCCUUCUGGGAGCAGAGGGCGUUGUUGAAAGCGGUGGUAUAAUCAACAAAAUUGGCACCUACACGAUGGCCAUGUGUGCCAAGGAAAAGAACAUUCCCAUUUACGUACUCGCCGAGAGCUUCAAGUUUGCCAGAAAGUAUCCUUUGAACCAGAAGGAUCUGCCAGAUGAGCAGAAGUACCCGUCGGACAAGCGCAACGGCAAGACUGAUCUUUCAAAGGAGCACCCCAUGAUUGACUACACGCCACCUGCGUACAUUACCCUGCUGUUCACCGACCUUGGAAUUUUAACACCGUCAGCGGUUAGCGAUGAGCUUAUAAAGUUGUAUUUGUGAACGUUCACGGCAUCAGUCAACAGCCGCUGUAAUUAAGCUCCGUUUCAUACAUAGCAGGCAAUGCUACGAACGCUAGAUAGACUUCUCACUGCUCGCAUUAGCGACCAGAAAUAGUGCGUCACAGGUGAGGGAUGCGUGAUGUAAUGCGAUGUGCAAAUAAGUACUUUUAUGUCGCAAAAUAGGGCGUAUUUAUUAUAUAGAAGGCAUCGCAGAUCUGCUGAACCUAUUUGCCACCGAACGAGCGGUAUGACACGUUUUUGCGACCAGUGCCCACAUCGCAGCACUUGCGCUCGUAACCAAAGCAGUACUAGAGUACGAGAUAGCAGUAAGUCGCACACUGGAAGCAUUUAGCUGUACUCGGUAUGUCAAAACGCUGGCGAAUGAGGAACGCCGGCAGCGGCGUUCCAGGCAUCGCACCUUGAUGGCGCACGACGCCUCCAGGCCCGAGCCGCGCAUGCGCCGUCGAUGCUGGGACAGCGCGCCGACGGCGCAAACGCACCUCGAAUGUCCAGUGUUGCUGCAUACUGCUGCGCUGCAAAAACACGCGGACUGAUACUUCUAUGACCGCACUACUUGCAGAGCUUUCAAAGCGUUGCCUACUAUGUAUGAAAAUGAGUAUAUAGUGGUCACUUUGGUCGGAAAGGUGACGUACGUCAUCGCCUUCAUAUCAGCGUCAUGCUCGAUGAAGUGCGCCACGAUAAGGCUUCUAGUAGCCGCUACUCAAAAGAAAUAUGGGGAGCACCGAUCGAGCGGUCACAUCCGGGUCUCGUCUGUGCCCCAGUACCGCGGUGCCUGCACGCAACUUGAUUAACGGCGAUCAAGCAGACAGCUCCUCUAACGACCUUCCAAGCCAGCCACCUUAUGCCACCGUGCCUUAUUCUACACCAGUACGUCUAUGCGCGAGAGUUGAGAAUUAACCGCGCAUAUGUCUCAGUCGGGUAAAGAGAUUUGCUGACAGUAUGCGUCGAAAUCAGUUUCUUCAUUGCACAGUUGAAAAGCAAAACAUAAUUCAACGAAGUCGUGUGAAAUUGGAAUAAAGAUAUGCUUUGUUAUUCUG